AUGCUAGGAAACGUGGAGGUGAUAUCAGAGGAGUUGAUCAAACCAUCAUCUCCAACACCCCAUAUCUGUAGAGACCUAAAACUGUCCUUGCUAGAUCAACUUAUGCCCUCCAUUUAUGUUCCUCUUAUCUUCUUCUAUCAAAACAGGUCCUCAUGCUCAAACAAUAUCGACCCAGCCAAAAGAUCCCAGCAUCUAAAACAGUCCUUGUCUGAGGUCCUAACAAAAUUCUACCCAUUCGCUGGAAGGACCAAUCAAAAUCUUUCUGUUGAUUGUAAUGACUCUGGAGCUCUAUUUGUCGAAUCUCGAGUUCAUGCUCACCUCUUGAAAAAGGUUUCAGAGGAAGAAGAAGCUGAUUUGCAGCUAUAUGUAUUGCGGCUUGGCUAUCACAAAAUACUCCAGCAGAUUGAUCAUGAUGCACGCCCAGAGACAAUAAUAGACCUUUUAGCCAUUUCAAUUCACAAACCGUUGCAGCCAAAGAGCGAUAUUCUGCUUCAUCAGAUGAGCGAGAAACCUUGCUGCACUCGUGCACCAUCAGUCACUGAGAAACAUUCUUUAAUGUCUUCUCACAAAUUCUUUGCAAUCUCCCUGUGUGUCAAAGUAGAUCGCACCGUCGGCUCAAUUGUGUUCAUCAUCCACGAUAUGAGCGUGGAAUUCACUGUCCACCAGUCUUCUAAUUCAUCGGAAUCUUCAUCCGGCUGUGCUAUGGAUUAUCAUUGGCAUACAAGGUCAUUAAUCCAGAGCACUACCAUAGAGGAACCAAACCAAUAUCUCCCCUUUGAACCUUUUUAUGCUUCUAGCAAGAAUAGCUUGAUGUUAGGUAUCCAAAUCAGUUUCUUUGAAUGCGGAGGAAUGGCUGUUGGGGCAUGCAGCUCACACAAGUUAGCUGAUGCUAUGUCCUUUGUGACAUUCAUGAAUGCAUGGGCUGCUACAUGUCGCGGUCAAGCUGAUGAAGUUGUGCAACCUGAUUUUGAAUUAGCCGGGCGUCUUUUUCCUCCAGCAAACAUUCCUUUAACUACUCAUGAUUUCAUGUCACUAGAAGAGAAAGAAAGUCUAGUCACUAAAAGGUUUGUGUUCGACAAGGAAAAGUUAGAUGCACUUAAACAACUUGCUUCCUCUGCAGCCUCGGGAAGUUCAGUAAAGGACCCAACUCGGAUUGAAGCAGUUUCAGCUCUUAUGUGGAAGAAUUUAAGCAGCACCACCCAAGCUAAGGUUGAUCACAAAACAAAUUUUCUGGCAUACCAUGGCGUGAACUUAAGACCGAAAAUGAGCUUGCCCGGUGACCGAUUAGUCUUUGGCAACUUGGCAAUUGCUACAACAGCUUUAUUAACAAUGUCUGAUCAGGAUGAUCAUGAUAAAGAAUACUGUUAUGAUCUAGUAGGGCUCUUGAGGACCGCAAUCAGAAAAAUCAAUGGUGAGUAUAUCAAGCAUGUUCAAAGUGGAGUGCCUUAUUUGAAUACUUUAGAGAAUAAUAUAAAGGAACGACUUGCUAAGCAGCCAAUGAUAUCUUGUAAGUUUACCAGUUGGUGGUGCAGAUUUCCGGUAUAUGAAGUGGACUAUGGGUGGGGCAAACCUAUUUGGGUGGGCACUAAAGUUCCCCGUAUGAAGAAUUGUGUAAUUUUCUUGGAUUCAAGUUGUGGUGAUGGAAUUGAAGCAUCGGCUAACGUGGUGGAGGACGAAAUGGCUAUGAUCCCAGACGAGCUUCUUUCACUCGCAACGGCUGAUAGUACAGCCAGAGUCCAUAAUCAGUGAUCCCAAUGCCAGGAUUGAUGAUAAAUCUGCUUCAAGAAUUUAAA